AUGUCUCAUUCGAAAGAAUCACAUUUCACUAAGAAUAGAACCUGUACACUUCUUCAUGAUUCCAGUAUUAUUGGUGAUCUUGACAUAGCAUCUGCUGGUUUAAAAGAUGCUCGACGUCGUAUUUCAAUUAUUCCACAAGAUUAUAUUCUUUGUACUAGUAAAUUUAGAAUUAAUAUUGAUCAAUUUGGUCUUUAUUCAGAUGCCGAAAUAUCGAAUGCACUUGGCCACACCUGUCAUUAUUUUAUAAUUUUUCUGUGA